CGAAUUUCCACAGGCAUGCGUGCCACAUCUCUCCUCGCUGUGUCCCUCCUGGCUUCCUCCGCGGUGGCCGGGAAGGAGGAUCCGCUGGCGCCGCUGCCCGUGCGCGUGGCGGGGCAGCACGAAGAGGAGGGCCAGCUCGACGCAGCGCUCUCGUCGAUCCAAGCAGCGUUUGACGUCGCAAAGGACAGCGUGGUGGACUAUUUGGAGGACGUCAGCUGGAACAAGGCGGUUGAGGGCAUCAAGACGGCCCUCGCGCUGGCCCACGGCAAGGCGGAGGAGCACUUCGGCGGCUCCGAGGGCCCGCUCGCUGAGUACUACGCCAGAGUGAACUGGACGUACAUCGAGGACGAGGCUGACAAGGCGCUGAGCCUCGCUCUCGACUGCAAGGAGGUGGCUGCGGUGAUGGCUGCGGAGAAGGGCGAGGAGGGGGUCCACCUGACAAAGAGGCAGAUCAAGUUCAUCGCGACCAACUUCAUCCACGCGUACAAGUCGGUCAACUUUACGGCCAUCGAGGAGUUCUUGCAGAAGGCAAUCGAGCUGAGCACGGCCAAGGUGCGUGUGGCGCAGGAUAAGACCGGCGAGGCGCUCAGCGCCGCGGGGGGCGCCGCCGCUGACAUGCAGGGCAAAGCCGCCUUCGCCUUUGGUGACGCGGACACGGACGGACAGAUCAACUUGCUCGACGCCUCCGCGCUUGCUGCCGCGUCCGCAGCGCGGAGCGCUUCUGCGUCGCACGGCGCUUCCACCGCCGUUGCCGCUGUCGGCUUGGGGGCGCUGGUCCUCGCCAUCGUCGCUGUACGCCGCGCGCGAGCGACGGUCGCUUACGCGAUGGCGAAGGCGGAGGGCGGUGAGCCGGCGCAGUCCAUGAUUUGAAGCAUUAGACAGGCGGUCUGGAGGAUGGCACGUCAGGGGGGGCACUGCCUCCGUCUCGGAUCCCACCGUGUCGCCGGCGCACCGGCGCGCAGAGAAACCAGAGAGCAGAGUGGAAGAGAAGAGUGAGAGAGAGCCCCUCGCUUCCGCGGGGUCUCCCCGGUGCCCGCGGAGUUUGCGUUUAGUUUUUUCUCGGCCCGGAGAGUGACUCGGCGCGUAUACACAAUACAGUGAUGCAGAUUACGUUAUAUUACCCCCUGCCCCACAUCGCACACCGACUUCGCACUACACACGCUCGGCCACGCAUUAAUUAGCAGACAGUAGGAUUACCCGCCAUGUGCCGCCGUGCCAUGGGGGUGGUGCAUAUGGCACGGCCACGGGCUCACAGAAGCUGUGACCGCUGAAGCUGUGACGCAUUGCGCACUUUGCGUCGCAUGUGUGUGCCGUGUGCGAGCCUGGAGGCCUCCUUUCCUCGAGGCGGGAGGCGGGAGGGAGGGGGGGGGGGGGUUUGGAGGCCCGGCCGGUUGCACAAUGUGUCGACACCGCCAUUCAAAACUCGAAAUCGUCGUCCAUCUCAGCAAAGCCGCCGCCGCUGCCCGGCUUCUUCACAUGGGGGAGCUGCGUGAAGAUCAGCCGCCCCUGCACCGUCCACCCCUCGGGCACGCCGUCGCUCCACCGAAUGUGCACUCGGCCCGCGGCGUCGGACAGCGCGUAAAACUGGCGCGGGUCGAGCAGACCUGGGUUGGCGACCGCCUCGUCGGACCGGUCGAUCAGCGCGAGGCACUCGUGCGAUGCUCCGUCUGCAAACUCAACACCGAGUGAGGUGCCGUCGCAAACGACGGCGACGGUGUCGGGGUGCUCCGCGACAAGCUCGUUGCCAGGGAGGGCGACGAAGCCAGUCGGGACGCCAUCGGCAAGAAGUCGGUGGUAAUUCCACCCGCCGGCGGGGGCGAAGGGCAGCGGCUGUGGCGCGCGAAGCUCGGCGGCGGUGAGACCUGGGUAGAGCCCGGCAAUCGCCAUGAGCAUCGGCCCAGGGCCCAUCGCUACCGUGUCCAGCGGCAUGAAGCGGUUGCCAGUGCCGUGCCCACCCUCCGGCCGCCAGUUGUCGACCUCGCCGACGAUGUCGGCGGCCCCAACGACCAUAACAGCGCCGGCGUUGCGGCUGAGACCGCGGACCACGGCCGUCCCCAAACGCGCGCGCGCGUUGAGCGAGACAGAGAUGGCCACGAACAGGCUCAGCAUGACGGGAAAGAACCGGUCCGGAAAGAACUGGAAAGAGCUGGUCCGCGCCAGCGGGCG